AUGACCAGCAGCUCCCCACCCCGACUGGAAGACCUUUGGGUUGAUGAUACCACAACUGAUGUUCAGAGGCUACGUCUCAAAGUCUUCUUCUCCUGCAUGCACUGUACCAAGCUCCUUGAAGAUGGGAUCUUGGAUGCCAUCCCAGAUCGUCACAUCUUGCUCUGCUGCAUCCUCCAUUUCCUGCUCCUCCAUGCCCCCGAGUCUACCCUUAGGUCUUGUGACGUUGAUGCCUUUGUGGCGCAAGCCAUCUGCUUUCAGAGUCAUAGUCCUGCAUCAUUGGAGCGAUUGAAGGUUCCCAGAGUAAGUCCCAGGGCCGUUCACCUAGCAGCAAUCUUCGUGAGAGGUCUAAGUACUGGUUACUAUACCAACUCCACUUGCUGCCUGCCAUUCCAGAUGGAAUCUCUAAUGCCCUGGUAUACCUUUGAUGGCAAACUCUUCCACAUCAAGUAUCUAGCUGCUGAGAAUGGUAGCACACUACAACAGCUGAGUGAUAAUAAGCCCAGAGCAGUGGAAAUGUGCCACAAGAUGAGAGAUUGGAUCGUCAAGGGAACCAGACUUCAGAGUAACUAGCUACAAAUAUUACUUGUGCAGAUCCAUAAGGAAUUAUGUAACUAGAGAUGGAUUCUAGGUAACAGUGGACAUUCCUUCUCCUGGGAGUCUCUUCAUUAGUGAAUGGUCACCAACUGUUAUAUCAUCCUGUAACUGCAGCCCCGGAUCAUACCAACACCGUGACUGCACUGUCAAAGAGCAUCCACUACCAAGGCUAGGGAGAGUGAUAAUUAAACCAUUUUUGUCCAUAUUACUGGUGUGUUAAUAAGACCCUGGGGGUGUUGGGUCACAGCACUAUGGCCAUCACUCGUCAUUGUUUCAGUCAAGCUAUGACCCUGGGGAUUCUUAAUGUCAGGGUUGUAAUGAACACAAUUUUGUUUAAUUAGUAUUUUCAUCAUUGUUUCAGUCAGGAUGCAAGUCCUAUCCAUAUCCCUUAGGAUUUCCUUAUUGCAUUUUUUUAAAAGUUGUAGUGUAAUUACUAUUUUUCCUUUUUACCUUGUAAUUUUUGUCAAGCUAUAAGUCCUGGAGUUUCUGCAACAUAAUUCCAGAGUUAAUGAAAUGUGUUAGUACUCUUGUUCCUUUUUUGUAAUCUUUAAUUUGUUUAAUCUUUAAGUUUUUAAAUCAUUUGAAAAAUUAUUUUCAGUUACCGGUAUAAUAAAAUAUGUGGAGAAAAUGUGAUGAAACUUUGCUUUUGUCCUUUGUAAUCACAUUAUUAUUCUUGAAUGUAGAAUGUCAAUGAUUGCUAUUUCAAUCUUCUCUAUCAUUACACAAUUAGUUAUAGCUACAGUAAGCCUAAAGUGGAAAACAUUAUACCAAGGAACUUGAUGCCUAACUUGCAUGAGAUGUCCAAAUCAUGAUAUUGUAGAAAUAGGAUAUUGCACAUAUAAUAAUAAUCUGUCAUCGGCAUAUAUAGGAGAUGAAAAUUUGAAUUUGUUUAAUAUAUGAAGAUAAACGUGUAUAUAAGGAUUUGCUCAAUAUUUGCAAUUUUAUGCAAUACCAUUUAACUGAAAUUGGUAAACCAAAUUAAUUCAGUCAAGGAAAACCAAACCAAACCAAACAAUAUUUGAUCUCCUAUAUGUUGCUGCAGUGCCUAUCUAUGAAUUUAGAAUCAGUAAAUACCAAUGUGUGUCAUUCAAGAAAAAAAUACUAAAUAGAUUUUUUUCCAGUCAGAAGUGACCAAAUUUUACAUCAAAAUUAGCCUGUAUAUAAUAGCUUUGGAAUGUUGAGGCAAUUUAUAUGUACAUGUGUAAUCAUAAUGAUAUAUGAUCACGGUGCAGUAGAGUAUAUUUAUAUAGUAGCUGCGCCAUAAAAAUUGAUUUAAUUAUUAUUACUAUGAUACAAGUAUAUGAUGCAAUAAAUAGUAAUAUUUUUUGUUUGAAUACAAAUAAAUGUUGUUGAAGAAUGAUGUAAUAUAAUGUCAGAGGUAAAGACAAAUUAUGAUGCAAUAGUGAUAAUCUUUACCAUGCUGAUGUCACAUAAACAUGUUAUUUACACACUUUAUAUUGGUAUGUUUUGUGUUCGAAUACAAAUAAAUGUUGUUUAAGAAUGGUUGUCAAUUUUUUUCCUAAAGAAAAGUCAUACAGUCAUUCUAAUUCAUAGAACCAAGGAGAACCAACGGCUAUAAUUGAAACUGUUGGUUUUUGUUUUUUCUCAUUCUCUCUCCUAGGUUCUCCUUGGUGUAACACAGGUUUAAUACAGGUAGUACCUGCUUCUCCAUGACAAUGGGUUAAAGGUAAAGACCAGUAUUGGCAACGCCCCAAUUUCAAAAAAUGAAAUGGAA